AUGAUACGUCCACCGCAGAAUUCAUCUCAAGUUCAUACGUUGCCGAGUCGUGUUCCCGAGGUAAAUGGUGUUGACUCAAGUCCUCAUUCCUGCUCUUCACAGCAAUUACCUAGUCAGAAUUUCCGUGUCACUUCCAUCGGAAGUAUUCCUGUUAAUGCAUCUGUUAUUCGAGCACCUGGUGCAGUCAUCCCAAGCACUCAGAUUUCAGAAACAGUUACUCUAAAUGGUGUCAGCACUCACACAACCGCAAACUGUACUCCCGUGGAGCAGAGUGAUUGGCGUAAAGGUGUGGAUAUAUCUCAGCGCAAUCACGUUGUUCGAAGAAUCGUACGGUUUAUAUUCCCAUUUCCGGAUCCGGCUGCUUACUCAGACCCAAGGAUGCGUAAUUUGAUUGAAUAUGCGCGUAAGGUCGAACGCGAAAUGUAUGUAACCGCUACAGACAUCGAUCAUUAUUUCCAUUUGCUUGCUCAGAAGUGUUACAAAAUACAUCGCGAGCUAGAAGAAAAACGAAGAAGUCGUCAGCUUGUGGUGGAUAAUUCAGUAGGAGGUUCUCAGUCUGCUGUGACUUCAUCUUCUACUAACUCUUCACAACUCAACCAGAGUUUAUCCACUUUGUCUAGUCAAUUAGCCUCUCCCUCCAGCUUAGUUUCUUCAACAGCGGGUUCAUGUUCAGCAAACAAAAUUCCUAGCUCUAAUAUUACCAAUGGUAGUUACAAUGCUUCAUCAGCUGAAAGUUACGAAAUGAACUCAUUUACGGCUCAGGAUUCGAGCAACUCAGAAACUGAUAUGUCGAGAUUCGAGCACUAUCUGCAAAAUGCAUGCAAUCGUCAUCGUUUAAAAUCAGAUUCAACUACUGCAGGGUCCUCAGAAUCACCUGCUGUAUUGACUUCAGUGACUACCUUAAAGACUACUACACCACAACCAUCUGUCAAAACAACAAUAGAUGACAUCAAAGUUACCGGAACUCCUGUUUUGGCCACAUCCGGAGAUUGCAUAUCCGAUAGGAGCAAAACUGUCAAACCCGAAGUUAAAGCCGAAGAUGCACCAUCUAACGAAGUAUCAGUCAGUAAUGAUUCGUUUUCUGUUGACAGUACGUCAACCCUUAAUUCAAGCAAUGUCCAACUAACCUCGAACAUGUUGCCCGUAAAACCAGAUGAAAGCAAGUGGAAAAAAUGGUCUCGUGAAGAGCUGUUACGCCACUUCUUACAACUGCAUGAAGAAAUUUACAACGAUAAGUAUGCAGAACCUUUUCGUGCCCCAGUUGAUCCAGUAAUGCUUCACAUACCGGAUUAUUUUCAGGUUAUUAAAGAGCCUAUGGACCUGACUACCAUCCGAAAUAAUCUGGAGGAUGGUAAAUAUGCAGAUCCUUGGCAGGUUGUUGAUCACUUCCGGCUGAUGUUUAAUAAUGCUUGGUUGUACAAUAAGAAGACCUCCAAAGUGUAUAAAAUGUGUACCAAGCUAGCAGAACUUUUUCAAAGUCGAAUAGACCAAGUAAUGCAAGCAAUGGGUUUUUGCUGUGGUCAGGAUUAUGAAUAUCAGCCGCAAGGUUUGUACUGUUCCUCACCGAACUUGUGUACAAUAAGCCGAGAUGCAACCUAUUUUGUCUAUAUAAACAAUGACAAACAAAUCGGUCUUGUUUGUGAUAAAUACUAUCAAUGUGAAAAGUGUUUCAGUGAGGCUGGUGAUGUAAUUAUUUUGGCGGAUGAACCAAAUCAGUCUAUCCCAAUUAAGAGAGAACUCUUCGAGAAGCGGAAAAACAACGUGAAAGAAAAAGAGGAAUUUGUUAUUUGCGUUGAGUGUGGCAGACGGUGGCACAAAGUUUGUGCAUUGCAUAUGAAUGAAAUAUGGCCAAGCGGAUUCGUUUGUCCUGGUUGUUUGAGAGAGCGUGGUAUGAAGAGGAAAGAAAACCGGUUCACUGCAAAAAAGCUACCUGUUACACGCUUGAGCAAUUUUCUAGAAAAACGCGUUAACGAUUUCUUGAAAAAGAAAGAAGUUGGUACCGGAGAAGUCACUAUUCGUGUGUUGGCGAGCUCUGACAAAGUUGUUGAAGUUAAGCCACUAAUGCGUGCACGUUUUACUGAAAGUGGAGAACUUUCUGAGUCGUUCCCGUAUCGAUUAAAAGCUGUUUUCGCCUUUCAAGAAAUUGAUGGUCAGGAUGUCUGCUUUUUUGGUUUGUACGUGCAAGAAUAUGGUUCAGAGAGUCCGCAACCCAAUCGCAGAAGAGUUUAUGUUGCUUAUCUUGACUCAGUUUUCUUCUUUCGGCCGAAACAGUAUAGGACGGAUGUGUAUCAUGAGAUUCUCGUUGGCUAUCUUUUAUACGCCAAAAGGUGCGGCUAUGCGAUGGCACACAUUUGGGCCUGUCCACCUGGCGAAGGUGAUGACUACAUAUUUCACAUGCAUCCUGCGGAACAAAAAAUCCCCAAAGCCAAACGUCUGCAGGAGUGGUACCGUCGUAUGCUUCAGAAAGCUAUUAUAGAAGGGAUUGUAGUCGACUACAAAAAUAUCCUGAAAGAUGCUCUAGAUCAUCAACUUGUCUCACCUACUGAAAUCCCUUAUUUUGAGGGGGAUUUUUGGCCGAACACACUUGAAGAUAUUUUGAAAGAACUCGAAGAAGAAGAGGCUCGUCGACGUCGUGAAGAGGCCAUGGCUCAGGCUGAAGCUGAGGAUGAUGAGGCAGACUGUUCUAGCUCCACCAAUGAAGGACUUUCUGGAGAUCCUGAUAAACGCAGUGGCAAAAAGAAGGCAAAGAAACGCAAGGGUAACAAAAAAGGCAAUACAUCUACUGCAAGUAAACGAAAACGUUUGGAUGGUCCAAUCGACGGUGCUGAAGAACUUUCACGUAAAGUGUAUGAUACUAUGGAAAAAUUAAAAGAAAUAUUUUUCGUAAUACGUCUUCAUAGACACAACUCGGCUGCCUCCCUCCCACCUACUACAGAUCCAGAUCAGCCUGUACAUAGUGAAUUAAUGGACAGUCGAGAUGCAUUCCUACAGAUGGCUCGCGAAAGACAUUUGGAAUUUUCAUCAUUGCGUCGUGCUAAGUACUCUUCUAUGGUCCUGCUGUAUGAAUUGCACAUGGAACUACGACAAAGCUUUAUGUAUAACUGUAAUGUUUGUGGUGCGCAAAUCGAAACUAGAUGGCAUUGUAAUGAGUGCGAAGAGUAUGAUUUAUGCUCUCGUUGUUACAAGACAGAAAACCACCCGCACCCAAUGGUUCAGUAUGGUCUCGGGAUUGAUGAGGAUUCGGGCGCGAAUGAGGAACCGGGUGAUAGGCCUAGUGGUACUGGAACUACACCUGACCGUCGAAGCAGCAUCGAGGGUUGUAUUAGGUCUUUACUUCAUGCAUGUCAAUGUAGAGAUGCAAACUGUCGUAUGCAAACAUGUGCUCAGAUGAAACGGGUGUUGUGUCACACCCGGAACUGUACCAAAAAAGCAACAAAUAGCUGCUUACUUUGUAGACAGCUGUUAUCUCUGCUGUGGCAUCAUGCUCGAUGUUGUGAAGAGUCUAAGUGUCCGGUUCCUUUCUGUUCGAAUAUAAAGUACAGAGUAAAGCAAAAGCAAUUACAACAGCGGUUGCAACAGAACAAGUUACUCAGACGUCGUAUUUCAACAAUGCAUCGAGGAUCUUUGCCCACCAGCGAGUCACAGCCUUUGACCCAGAACUGUCCUACUUCCGUAGUAGCAUCUGCCUCUGGUUCUUUGAAUCCGGGUAGCAUAAACUCAGUGCGUCAAACUCAGUCUCCAAACCAUCCAUCGUUGUCAACUAAUCCAAUAAGGAAUACACAGUUGCCCACUCCUACUGCAAACUCGACGGAGAAACCUUCUGGUAACGCAACUCCAAUGGGUUUCCAAUCGCAAAAUUCUCAGGUACAACAACAAGGUCCAGUGUUGCUCUCUGUAGGGAAUUCCCAGUAUUCACAUCCACCUCGAACUCCCGCCCCAGCUAUUGUUUCUCAGGCCAACCAAGGUGCAGCCCCAAGACCGCCUGUUGUGUGCUCCUCAGUGAUAUCUUCUGGAGGUCGUGUCAUUAUGCAGCCCCCACUAAAUACUGGUCCCACUCAACGCGCCAACCCUCCUGUCACUGUGUCCGUUACCUCAGGUUGGAGAGUUCGCCCAGUAAUAUCAGCGACUGCGCCUCAAAGUACUUCAAAUCCAUCCCCUAACCAGCAGAUACAAUCGCAGAUACAGUCAGCGUCAGUAACAUCAGCUCAUUCAUCAAUCCCUAAUCCUAUAAACAAUCAAAAGCCAGUCAUCACUAACAAGCCUACACAAGUUGAAAUCGACCAUGUUAGCCAGGUAAUCAGCCUCAUAAAAGCCACUGGAACUUCAAGCGAUGAACAGAACCGUCGAUUUAUUGCGUGGAUCAAACGUCAUCCUGAGUUUCAUGCAGCAUUUUUCGCCUUGCACUCUCAACAUAAGCAGCAAGCCGAGUUGCGUGCUCAAGCAAGUCAAAGGCGUAGUACCACAUCUAGCAAUAUGUCCGGCAGUUCAUCUCUAUCUGCAAGUUUUCCAGCUUCGGUUUCCUCUGUUGUAACUUCUUCCAUAUCUGACGCUUCUCAAUCUCUUUUGGGUUCUGGUGGUAUGACGGGCAACGUUGUCAUCGUUCCAUCUUCCGUCUCUGCGAAUUCGAAUGUCCAGAAUACAGGAAUAAAUAGAACACAAACCCCAAAUGUGAACAGUCUUUCUACACCUAUGUCAUCUAUGCCUGUUGUAACUGCUUCAGCAUCUUUAGGUUCAACUCCUACGGUGGUGCAUCAACCUGUUCAGUGGAUUUCUAUUCAGUCACCAAUCACCACAAAUCAUCAUCAACCUUUGAUUACUGGGUGUACUGCACAACCAAUCCAAGCUGUACCGAACACUACAACUCUGCGCUUUCGAGCAGUUCCUGGUACUGCCACAUUAGUUCAGUCGCAACCACAGCAAGUACAACAUUUUUAUAAUGCAGCACAGCUUGGUUCAGAUCCUUCUUUUAGUUGUAGUGAAUCCGGAUCUAGUAUGUUUGUUUCGGCCACUGGUUCUAGUAUAUUAUCUGUGGGGAAUCAUCAGUCUCAAGUACUCAGUGCUGUUCCUCAACGUAUAACUCCGGCCUCUGGCUCAAACAUAACUACUCUGGGUCGUCAAACUUCUACACCACAAGCAGCUAUUGUACACUUUAGAUCACAGCAACACCAAUCACUCAGUGGGACAGUAAAUCCUAUGCAACCUCAUAUAAUACUCACUAAUACAACCGCUCCUGCUACAGUUCCUGCCCAUCUUUCUCACCAGCCCCAACCACAGCUCGUUUCUGCUGCCUCGAGCGGCCGCCAGGUUGUCGCUUUAAUGACUCAUCAAAAUAUUUCUCACACUAAUGUCACUGAUCCAGGACUACCUUCUCGUGAUCCUAGCUCCAGUAAUUCUAAUAACAAUCUUGGUAAUGGUAUACAAUGA